UGCCUUCAGAUAGAAAGCGAUGAAGACAAGUUAUGGAAGGCUGAUGUUAGAGAAACAAUUGAAGAACUUGCUGCUAGAGGAAAAAAGUUCCUGAACUGGCUAUGGACAAGGAAAGAAAAAGAGAUAGCUAUUGUGACACACAGUGGUUUCUUGUUUCACACAUUGAAUGCACUACAAAGCGAGUGCCAUCCAGAUGUUAAGAAGGAAAUUUGCGGCCACUUUGCUAAUUGUGAGCUACGUUCAAUGGUCAUCGUCGUCGACAGGGCCAAACCGGCGACUGCUGCAAUGGAAAAUAAACAAAAAGACGAACAACGUCUUUUGGUUUACGAGUAUAUGCCUAAUGGUAGUCUUGAAAAUCAUUUGUUUGAAAGGGGUUCUAAUGUGCUUUCUUGGUCACUGCGUAUGGAAGUGGCGAUUGGUGCUGCUAGAGGGCUUUGUUUUUUGCACGAAGCUAAGGAUCAAGUCAUUUACAGAGACUUCAAAGCAGCAAAUAUCCUUCUUAAUUCAGGAUUCAACCCAAAACUCUCAGACUUUGGAUUGGCAAAAGAAGGUCCAAAAGACAACCGUUCACAUGUGACAACCCAAGUCAUCGGUACAGAAGGUCAUCUAACUACGAAAUGUGACGUCUACAGCUUUGGUGUCGUCUUGCUAGAGAUUCUAUUUGGACGUAGAGCAAUAGACAAAACUAAAGCUCGACAAGAAGAAUAUUUAGUGGAAUGGGCGACACCUUACUUGCGAGACAAGCGAAAAGUGUUUAGGAUAAUGGACACGAAGCUUGUGGGUCAAUACCCUCAGAAAGCAGCGUUUAUGAUGUCUUUCUUGGCUUUACAAUGUAUUGGAGAGGUUAAAGUUAGACCAUCGAUGCCUGAGGUCUUGUCUCUUCUUGAGAAAGUUACAAUUCCAAGACAUCGAAAGAGUAGAAGCAGAGGUUUUGCUACUAACUCUUCUUCCAAACGGUUUCUCAGACACCCUAAUUAAGGACUCAAAAUCUCUUUGGCUUUUGGAUCGUUUCUUUUGUGGAAAUGGAAUAUAAAAACUUUUUUUUGGUUACGUCAUUGAUAAUAUAGAAGAAUAAAAAAAGCUUGGCCAUGAUC